AUGUCCACAAUUGAUGAGCUCUCGCUCGCCAGUGGAGCUCCUCAGGAUGGACCUGCUUCUGGAAUCGUGCGAACUAGAUGCGAACCGCCAGUCUUUGUACUCUGGCGAUCUAGCGGUGGUGAUGAAGCCGAUGUGUUGCUGCACUGGCAUCCGGCUCUCCCUGACAAGCUUCCCGAUGAUCCAGAUGAGCCCAUUUGCACUGUGCAGCUCUGGGUGCGGAACACGGCUGAGUUGUUAGAAGCCCGCUUGCAACAGCACCAUCUGGGGAGGCCACUGAUGGCAUGGACCAAUGUGCAGCUGGAGCGACUGAUGCUGGUGAUGGCCCAGCAGACCUGUGGAGAUUCACCUCAUCAGGACGAGGUGCGCCUGCGCCGCGCACCUGGCCGGAUGGUCAUUGAUGUCCACUUUAGGAGACUCAUGCAGGUAGGCUUGACCGGCCCUGAGCUGGGUGGAUGUGUGGUGGAGAUCCUGAACGCCUAUGCGUCAGGCUCUGGCAGUGACCUCCUUCGUGUGUUGAGGUCUGCUGCACAGGCACAGGCAUGUCACCAGGCCGCGCUGAAGGAGAGUGGCGAGUCGUUGGAGGCCCUGCGGCGGGAGACCUCGCGUUUGGAGGGCUCCUGGACAGAUGCGGCAGCAGCAGCGAAGAAGCAGCAUCGGGGGCUCCUCCAACGGUUUGCUUUGGUGCUCCAGGCAAAAAUUGACAAGGAGCGUUCGUUGCAUGACGAAGUGCAGGAGAAAAGGUGGGCAAGGAUGGGUGUCGCAAAUGUUGCCGCCCUGCCGCCUCGGGAAGUGGAAGGGGAGCAGGUGGCUGACCGUGGUCGUUGUCGUGGUGGGCGGGCUGCGCGGGCACGGAGUGCACGGGGUGCGCGUGGUGAAGGGGCGACAGCCCCUCGUGGCCGUGGUUCUCGCCGUGGACGAGGGCGAGCAAAUGCGCCGCCCUCCGAGGCGGAUGGAGCUUCAGACGAGAGAUCUCCAAGCCCAGCCGCGAAGCGCUCACGAUUGCAGGCGCCGGAGGUGCAGCAAGCUCCAGGCGAAUCCAAGCCGCUGGAGGCUGCGAUGCCCAGUGUGUCUGGGCCCAGCCACAGUCUUUUCGACCCGGACUCUCAGGAAGUCGAUCCAGUCGCUGUACCCAUCCCAAAGGAGGAUGUGGCUCCGAAGGGCCCCAAGCGGCCCAGUGGGGUCAGUGCUGGGGACCUCUUUUUCAGCGACAGCGAGUGA